AGAUAGAAGGCUGCAGGAAAAUGGCAGGAUCAGGAGAACAAGCCUUUGAUUAUGGCUUCUUGCUGCGCAUAAGCGAGGAUGCCCGCAGGGCCGAGGCUCUGAAUGAGUACCUGAGCAGCCGCAGUUACCUGGCCGGCUAUGGGCCCUCGCAGGCGGACGAUGAAGCCUUUGCGCUUCUUCACGGGCCCCCUCCCCAGCAGCACGUGCACGCCCUGCGCUGGUACAGACACAUAGCCGCCCUGCAGCCCCAAAUGAACGGCCAGGCCACAGACACCAGCACAAAGGGAAAGAGGGUGCAGCCUCCAUGGUCUCCCCCGGAUGGAACCGAGCUUCCGAAACUCCGACUUUACAACAGCUUAACACGGACAAAGGAGGUGUUUGUCCCACAGCAUGGGAACAGGGUGCUGUGGUACUGCUGUGGCCCCACAGUCUAUGAUGCCUCCCACAUGGGUCAUGCCAGAUCCUACAUAUCCUUUGACAUCCUUCGAAGGAUACUGAUGAACUAUUUUAAAUAUGAUGUCUUCUACUGCAUGAACAUCACCGACAUUGAUGACAAAAUCAUUAAAAGAGCCAGGCAGAAUCACCUGCUGGAGCAGUACAGAGCAAAGAAGCCCAGUGCCUCUCAGAUACUGCAGGAUGUCUUGACUGCUAGAGGGCUCUUCCAAGCCAAGCUUGCAGAGACCACAGACCCUGAUAAGAAACAGAUGCUGGAGAGACUGGACACAGCAGUGACAGCUGCACUGACUCCCCUGCAGGGGGCGAUAAAGAGUGGCACUGCAGAUGCUGCCAUUCAGAGCCAGGCACAGGUCUUGCUGGAUGAAGCCAAGGACCUUUUGUCAGAUUGGUUGGAUUCCCAGUUUGGCUGCCAAGUAACAGAAAACUCAAUAUUCUCCCUGUUGCCAAAAUACUGGGAAGAGGAAUAUCACAAAGACAUGGAUGCUCUCAAUGUUCUUCCUCCUGAUGUACUCACACGGGUCAGUGAGUAUGUUCCAGAAAUUGUGGAGUUUGUGAAGAAAAUAGUGGACAAUGGAUAUGGAUAUGAGUCAAAUGGUUCAGUGUAUUUUGACACUGCAAAGUUUGAUGCUAGCUCAGCCCAUUCAUAUGCCAAAUUGGUGCCAGAGGCAGUGGGUGAUCAGAAAGCUCUACAAGAGGGAGAAGGAGACCUGAGUAUUUCGGCAGAUCGACUGUCUGAGAAGCGUUCACAGAACGAUUUUGCCCUUUGGAAGGCAUCAAAGCCUGGGGAGCCAUCCUGGGAGUCCCCCUGGGGGAAGGGACGGCCUGGUUGGCACAUUGAGUGCUCAGCCAUGGCUGGGUCCAUAUUGGGUGAGUCUAUGGACAUUCAUGGAGGAGGAUUUGACUUGCGCUUCCCUCAUCAUGACAACGAACUGGCACAGUCUGAGGCCUACUUUGAGAAUAACCACUGGGUGCGCUAUUUCUUACACACGGGUCACCUGACAAUAGCUGGCUGCAAGAUGUCCAAAUCGCUGAAAAACUUCAUCACCAUUAAAGACGCCCUCGCCAAACACACAGCAAGGCAGCUGCGUCUGGCCUUCCUGAUGCACUCGUGGAAGGACACACUGGACUACUCCAAUAACACCAUGGAGUCGGCCAUUCAGUACGAGAAGUUCAUGAAUGAGUUCUUCCUGAAUGUUAAAGAUAUCCUGAGGACUCCUACUGACAUCACUGGUCAGUUUGAGAAGUGGGAAGCAGAAGAGAUAGAACUGAAUAAGAGUUUUUAUGAGAAGAAGAAGGCAGUUCAUGAGGCUCUGUGUGACAAUAUUGACACUCGUUCGGCGCUGGAGGAGAUUAGGGCUCUGGUGGGUCAGAGCAAUGCCUACAUGGCUGCCAGGAAAAGCGCCAAACUGCUGCCAAACCGCAUGCUGCUCCAGAGCAUCGCCCAGUUCCUGACUGACAUGUUCAGAACGUUUGGGGCAAUCGAAGGAACAGAACCCAUCGGAUUCCCUGUUGGGAAAAAUGGCCAAAACACUGAUUUGGAAAGUACAGUCAUGCCCUACUUGAAUGUGCUGUCAGACUUCAGGGAAGGUGUCAGGAAAAUCGCAAGAGAACAAAAAGUAACAGAGGUGCUACAGCUGUGCGAUGCAGUCAGGGAUGACAUCCUGCCUGAGCUAGGAGUCCGAUUGGAAGAUCAUGAAGGGCUCCGCACAGUGGUGAAGCUGGUGGACAAAGAGACUCUACUGAAAGAAAGGGAAGAAAAGAAAAAGCUGGAGGAGGAAAAGAGAAAGAAGAAGGAAGAGGCAGCCAAAAAGAAGCAGGAACAAGAGCUGGCCAAACAGGCAAAAAUGAAGAUUCCACCUAGUGAAAUGUUCCGCUCUGAACCGGACAAGUAUUCCAGCUUUGAUAACACGGGUUUCCCCACACAUGACGCAGAAGGGAAGGAAAUUAGCAAGGGACAGACCAAAAAGCUUCGCAAGCUUUACGAAGCACAAGAGAAACUGUACAACGAGUACCUCCAGUCAAACCAGAACGGAAGCUGAGAAUGCUGGGAGUUGGAGUCCGCCGGGACCUGCAAUCCGCCCAUAGUGUCUGCUCUGCUCUGCUCAUGUCAUGUUGUGGUUGUUACAUGUAAAACAACAACUUUCAGACUUCAUUUGUGGGUCCUGGUGCUAAGCUAUGGCGGUGUUCAUAGUCUUACAUACAUUAUAGGAAAGGGAGGCUGCAAUUUUGUUGUAGCUUUAUCAACAUUGCUUUGGAGAUGUUAACUGUGGUGAAAAGGUCCAAGCUUUGCUUUAAAGCUGAGAAACAGAGGAGGGAUGUGGAAAUGUGGCCAGCAUUGUAAUGUUGCAGGCCUUCAAAGGGUAUUUGAUGAUCCACAAAAAAAUUGCAAAAAAUAGUUGAAUCAGUAUUAUUAAUGUGAUAAAGGCCUGAUGGCAUCAUUAUGGGUGAGAAAUAUUAAUCAACCGCUAAUUGUGAUAAAAGGUCUCUAAAGCAAUGUUUGACAGAGAGUUACCAAUAUAACGAUGACAUACCAGCGUAAGGAUGACAGGUAUGAUUCCUUUUAUAUGAUAUUGUAAUCAUUUGUGACAAACAGACUGUAAAAACAAGACAAGGCAGUCCUGCGUUUUUAACUUGUGUGGGAAGGAAAACUCA